AUGGUGGAACUCGUGAACCUCCACGUCGCUGGGCCAAGUGGCUCCCACAAACGACAGACGGCAUGGCAUUUCCGGAUAUCGCCAGUCCCGGAUUGGUUUGCACGUAUUCCAACGUGGAAGUCCGUCAACCGGUCUUUAAAUUCUCGAUUGGGGUCCCCGCUGCUUUCGCAUCCCCAAAAUACGGGCACUUACGAGCGCGAGAGCGAGGAGUGUCCCAGUGACCCCGCGUCCGCGUGGGUGUGGGCAGCCAGUCCGGCUCCGAGAUGUUUCUACAUCAUCCCAACAUUAGAAAUGAUUUUGAGGCGAAACGCUAAUUUCGUCGCAACACGUCGCGGUUCAUGCAAGCAGCGAAAGAGGAAAAGCAAUCAGACCGUUAUCUGCCGGCCUUGCGACGGCAGCAGAGUUUCACGGUCAACGACGCACGUUCAACGACAUGUUUGGGCCAAGACCAGCACUUUCGUACUGUCAUAA